GAUCCAAUCCCAUCGCUUCAAAGAUGGCGGCUCUUCAUUCUAUGGUGACGGCAUGGUGUCCGUUGUUGCGGGGCUUGCGUGCUUCUUGCAGUCUCGACUGCCGCAUCGCAGCCCUUCACAGCAGGAGUGUACCUGGCCAACCGCUCAGUGAGAAUGACGUAGUAUCAAGCAGCUUUGUGAACCGCAACCCACGCAACCUGGAGCAGAUGUUGCUGGCACACAAACACGGGGGCUUCGAGCUCGACAAACCCAGUUGUAGCUACUGGCACAAGCUGGUGUUUGAGAGCAGUGGGCAGAGUUUGAGCGGCUCUGUGGUGCACAUUGACGGCCGUGUGGUGCUGCGGGUGUCAAGCUCCGAGUGGGGCAUUCGGCGGCAACUAGUCAGCGCUACGGAUCGCAGUGCAGCUGCAGCCGUGGCAUGUGUGCUGGCCAGGCGCUGCCUCGAGGCUGGCCUCCUCUGCGUGCAAGUGCCCUCUGCUGACGAGCAAGGUUCCUCUUCCCUGCGGCUGCAAGCUUUCUUGGAUGGCAUGAAGGAGGGUGGCAUCCUGCUCACAGAAUCAUGGAGUCCUCACUGACUGCAUCAUGAAAUUGUUUUUGUUUAGAAAGUUGCACACUCUAGAUGUUUUGCAAUGAACAUGCAGUUAGUUUUAUGAUGGUACAUUGGCGAAAAUCCCGUGCUUACUAGUGCCAGCAGUUUGCAAGCUUUGUCCAUAUACUUGAAAUACUUGUCAUGGGAAAAUGCUGUUCUGGAUGCAAAUAAAAAAUGGCAUUUCUUUAAAA